AUGUCAGAGAAGAUGGCCGAUCUAGAGAAAGCUGAUGCGUCUACACAUCGAUCACCAUCUACAGUUGAACUCGGCAUCAGCCAGCCAGUCAAUACUCUUCAGCGCUUUUGUGAUAAACUCGAUGCGGUAUGUGGUGUCGAGGCACGGGGUAUCGAACGGAUUCCAGAGGAGUUGCGAGAGCGAGAUAUGUCCUUUAAGGACUAUCUUCACAUGUACAUCAUUUGGUUCUCCAUGAACUGCACGGCCAAUCAAUUGACUCUGGGUGUACUCGGUCCUGUCAGCUAUGGCCUGGGGCUGACAGAUUCGAUCCUCAUCUGCAUGUUUGGCACCAUCUUCGGAUCCAUCUGCACCGGCUACAUCUCGACUUUUGGCCCUCGAUCAGGACUUCGCACACUGAAUGUUGCUAAGUACACAAUGGGAUGGUGGCCAUCCAAGCUUUGUGUUCUUCUGAACCUCGCCAUUGAGAUCGGAUACGGACUCAUCGACUGCCUUGUCGGCGGGCUGAUUCUCUCUGCUGUUAACGGUGGAGGUAUGUCUGUCAUUGUGGGUAUCAUCAUUGUUGCACUCAUCACCUGGGUUGUAGUCACCUUCGGCAUCAAGUGGUUCUACAAGUUCGAACAGUUCGUCUGGGCGCCCACCGUGCUCGUUCUCUUCGUCUUGAUUGGUGUGGCUGGUCCACAUUUUGACACCCACACACCUUCACGCGGAACUGGAGCAGUCCUUCACGGAAACCAGCUUUCAUACUUCUUCCUAGUCGCCUCCGGACCGCUCAGCUGGUCUUCCGCAUCUGCCGACUACGUUGUGUAUUACCCGAAGACAACCAACCGCUGGGGAACUUUCGCUGCAACAACCUGUGGAAUCACCACCGGCAAGCUCCUCAUCGAGUUUCUGGGCAUCGGUCUCGGUUCUGGUCUGCUACUGAAUCCGAAUUGGGAAAAGGCGUUCAACGACCAUGGAAUUGGUGCUCUCGUUGUCGAGUCUUUCAGCCCGCUCAAUACAUUCGGCAAAUUCUGCUGUGUCAUCCUUGCUGUGUGCAUCGCGGCAAACAACAUCCCUGGAACUUACGCCGCUGCGCUCAACUGGCAGCAGCUGGGUGCGCCGUUGGCCAAGAUCCCCCGCCCAAUCUGGAGCACUGUUAGUUGUAUCUUAUUUACAAUCGUCGCUAUUGCAGGUCGCGACUCGCUGUUCGAUAUCUUUAUUAACUGGCUGAGUCUGAUCGGGUACUGGACAAUCAUCUGGAUCACUAUGACCAUCCAAGAUGAGUUCAUAUUCCGGAAGGGUAACUUUGAUUGGGAAAUUUGGAACCGCAAGGAUCUGCUCCCUCAUGGGUUUGCCGCUUUGUUCGCCUUCAUCAUUGGCUGGGUGGGUGCGGUGCUGUGCAUGUACCAGACAUACUUCACUGGACCGAUCGCAGCGCUUGUUGGCGAUGGUGCAGAUUUGGGAUUGCCAGUUGCGUGUGGUUUGACCAUGAUUAUAUACCCGCCUGCUAGAUGGUUGGAGUUGAAGUAUGUUGGACGGUAG